AUGUGGCUUUACUCGAGCUCAUCAAAACGCUCUGCUCAUUCUCCGUCCUCGUUCUCAUCCUCUACUCGUCGAUCCCCUCCUCUCACCUCAUCUCGCCCGACCUCUCCAGGCUCUGCCCUCGCCGAAGUACUUCGCAAGAAUCCAUUUCGAGCCGGCUCGAAAGAGACUCUGAGUCACGAAGACGAAGACGAAGACGAAGAUGAAGAUACAUCGGUUUCCAUGAACAAGGACCUGUUGGUCCUCGCCGAUUUCUUUCCAGACGUCAAGACUGAAGUACUUCGUGAACUUCUUCUCCGAUUUGAUGGUGAUAGCAGACUGCCGAUAUGUACAGAACAGCUCUACAAGUAUAAGGGAGAAUGGGCUAAGGGCCGGUUCAAUUUACCGCCUAGAGGAUUGGACGAGACACUCCCCACCGAAGAACUCUUCAGGACGAAAGCCUAUAUUGACGCGGUCAAGUGGACUGUCGGACGCGAGUUUAACGGACUGAGCAAGAGCACCAUCGACGCGGUCCUCGCAGAAGUGAAUUUCUCGUACACCAAUGCCCGACCAACACUACAAGGAUUGGCGAGCAAAUCAUGGAAAAUUGCCCUGACGAGCAUAUUCAAAAAGAGGAAGCCGCGAGAUGAAGCGCCGUCCAUCCUUUUGGACAAAACAAGGAUAGAACCGGGAGGGCCACGAUUGCUCGCAACAGGUAGCGAAGAACUUGACCGGGAAUUGUCAGGUUUAUUUAUGCGCCCUGUUCAAUCUCGAGAACCGAAGGAUCAACAAGCGAUCGACUUCGAGCUAGCUCAUGCACUCAAUCUGAAAGAAGCUGAGGAAGCUGGUGCUCUCUUUGAGUGCCAGGUCUGCUACAACGACGUUACUUUCGAAGAUGUCUCAGUAUGCACUCAAUCCGACCACACUGUUUGCCUGGACUGUGUCCGCCGGACCCUCCACGAGGCUAUCUUCGGACAAGGCUGGGCGAGAUCCGUCUCCGUGGAACACGGCACUUUGAAGUGUCUCGCUAUCGACAACUGUGACGGCUGCAUUCCCCAAGACCUUGUUCAUCGCGCAGCGCUGCUCGAAAAGUCCGGCAGCGAGACGUGGGCACGAUUCGAAGAUCGCCUGGCCGAACACAGCCUGCGGCAGUCCGCCCUUCCAGUCAUCCGCUGUCCCUUCUGCUCCUAUGCAGAAGCCGAGCAAAUCUACGACCGUGAAACGGCGUCUCGAUUAACCUGGCGCAUCCGCAAACCUCCGGACAUCUGUCCGCUUACGUUCAUCCUGCUCCUCGAACUCCUCCCAACCAUCCUCUUCCUCCUCAUUCCCUUCCUCCUGCUCUUCCCUAACUUCUUCCUCACCACCUUCUACACCUCUCUCAACCACUUAGCCUUACAAAGCCGAACCACUCGCUUCGUCUGCCGCCGCGCCUCCUGCUCACGGAAAUCAUGCCUCAAAUGCCUGAAACCCUGGCACGACCCGCACGUCUGCCACGAGCCACUGAUUCUGUCGUUGCGCACGACGGUCGAAGCCGCGCGCACGGCCGCCAUCAAACGCACCUGUCCACGAUGUGGGACCAACUUUGUCAAAUCCUCUGGCUGCAACAAACUCACCUGCGUCUGUGGAUACAGCAUGUGCUACCUGUGUCGCAAGAACAUUGGCAAAGCUGGCUCGAACUCGGAAGGCGGCGAAGGAUAUCGGCAUUUCUGUGAGCAUUUCCGCCCCACGCCAGGCCUAAAGUGCGGAGAAUGUGAUAAGUGCGAUCUAUACCAAGCAGAGGAUGAGGAUGAGCAAGUCAGACGCGCUGGCGAGGAGGCGGAGCGGCGCUGGAGAGAGAAAGAGGGCAUGGUUGGCGUUAAGGGUCUUGAGGAUGCCGUGGGCAGCGUCGCUGGUGAAGAUACAACGUGGAGACGGUUCUGGCGUGGUAACUGGACGCUGCAAAGUGUCGUGGACCGUAUGGUUGAGCAAUGCGUCGUCGUUGAUGUUGAAUAG